AUAUAAGAACAGAGGAGCCACAUUCACCUCACAGCACAGAUCUUCUGUCUAUAAUCUGUACAGUCUUCUGCUCAGGACAAGGCAAACAUGGUUUCUCUCAGGAUUUCUUGGAUCUGUGUGCUGUUGUUCAGCAGUGCUUAUUGCUUUCCUAAACCUGAAGACUACACUGCUCCCAGAGGCUUCAGUGGUGAUGCUGCUCCUAGAACAUCCCCUCUUUUUCCAGGCUCACAGGCUGCUCUGAUGGACCAGCAGUAUGGCCAAUCUGCUGGCUAUCAGCAGCCUUCCCAGCAGCCCGGCGCUCCCACUGGAAACCAGUCCCCAUCCGGUGUGGGAGGUCCCAGUGUGGUCCUAGGCACGUCACCAACUUAUGAUCCAAGCGGCUACGUCAGCCCUCCUCGACCUGCCAACACUGGAAGCUCUUUUGUGAAGCCUCAAGCUGCCGGUACCAGUGGACAGUCCAAUGUGGGCUCAGGUGGUGCAGCAUCUGGCCCAGUCCAUACAGUUCCAGCAUGGGCUCCUGCUGCUCCAGCAUGGGCUGGUUAUGGAGCUUAUGCCAACACAAACACUGGUCCAGCAACUUAUUACACAGCUGACACCUCCAGCUAUGGUUCUUACGACGCUGCUCCUGAAACCUCCAGCUAUGGUUCUUACGACGCUGCUCCUGAAACCUCCAGCUAUGGUUCUUACUACGCUGCUCCUGAAACCUCCAGCUAUGGUUCUGAUUCUGCUCCUGGCCUUCCUUGGGUUGAACAGCCAAUUGAAACCUCGUUCUCUGACCCCAGCAACUGGCUGCCACGAGGUGAUUUCCCAGACUUCAGCGUCUGGGGGUCUAAUGCCAACUCCAAGAUGUCCAAGACUGCUGAGAGUGAGGAGGAGACUUCCCCCAUACCGUCUUCAACCUACAUCAUCCAGUCCGGAAACGGCUACCUGCGAGGACUGGAAUACAGGUCCCACACUAACUACGCUCCAGAGGACCCGGAACCACUAGUGUUUGUCGCUGAGCCCGUCAGAGCACCUCGACCAGCUGCUCCUUCCAAAGGAGGAAAGAAAUAUUGAGGGGACCUUGGUGACCAAAAGCUUCAGCCUUCCUGGAUUUGUUUACAUGUUUGAAGUAUUGAAUAAAACUUAACCAAGAACCUA